UAACUGGAAUGCAAAAGUCUCGUACAUCUCCGUACCAUCCAGUGGGUAAUUCGAUCCCAGAGAGAUACAAUCGCACGUUACUGAACAUGUCAGCUACAUUACAGCCAGAACAGAAACCAGAUUGGAAGAAGUAUUUGCCAUCUUUAGUGUAUGCCUAUAACUGUACUAAGCAUGAGACAACUAAAGUGUCGCCGUUUGAACUGAUGUUCGGUAGACGUCCGAAAUUACCAGUAGAUUUAUUGUUUGAAACGCCAGUUACACAGUCGACAAGUCAAACAACACAAUCUUACAAAGAAGACCUGAAACAAAGAAUGAAAACAACACAAGAGAUUGUAAAGAAAGUAACAGAAAAGGCAAGAUUAAAAAUGAAAACAGGGUACGAUAAAAAGGCAAAGGCUGUGAAAAUAAACGUUGGUGACAUAGUAUUAGUAAAGAUAUUAGCCUAUGACGGCAAACACAAAAUUGCAGACAAAUUUGAAAAAGACUCUUAUACAGUGAUAAGUCAGCCAAAUAAAGACAUUCCAGUGUUUGAAGUAAGGUCUCCAGAUUGUAGUGUGAAGAAGUUACAUAGAAAUCACCUUUUUCCUUUGGGAUUCAUCGACAAUGAAACAGGAAAGGAAAAAGAUGCAAUUGAUAUAGACAAAGAAAAACCUGUUCCAAAGCCCAGAAAGACAUUGGAAAAGUUAGAAACAGAGAAAGGUGCAAGUUCUAACAAAGAGAACAAAGUGAUAGAUAUAAAUGAUAGUGACGUCACUGAGAAAGAUAAAAUUGAUCAGAUUGAUGAAGAUGAUGAUGAUAGUUCAGGAUAUGGAUAUGUAGAACUUACAUAUUCUUCCGGGGACGCCCGAACUCCUGAUGGUGAGGAUUCUGAUAAAGAAGAACAGAUUGCAUUAGUGAAUGAGAUUGAAGAAGAUGAAGUUGUAUCAGAACAUAAUAUUGAAGGCAUAGAUGAUACUCAUGAUGAUAGAAGUCACACAGACAACCUAUCCGAGUCAGAAGAUGAAACAACUUCAAAAGAUGUAAUAGAGACACCAGUAGAGAUAGAACGGAGACAAGAGGAGAUAAACACAAACACAGAAACAAAAGAGAUAGAAACAUCCAAGGAACAGAAGAGAUUGAAGGGAGAAAAGGAGCUGAAGGUCAACAUAAAACAAGGAAGAAACAAAUAGGAAAGCCAGUACCAGAGCUCAGGAAAUCCAUUAGGCAGACUAAGAAACCUGAAUGGCAGAGAGAUUACCAUCUAUAUCAACUUACCAACAGACCAGUCGAUAGCAGACUCGAAGCUUUGGAUAAGUUGAUUAACUCUGGAAUUUUAGAUACAUUAAAUUCAGACAUUACACAUAGGAUUUUAGAGGCUGUGAUGAAAUAAAGAUUAGAUGAAAUAUAAAGAAUAAGACGAAAGACAGUUUUUAAAGUUUUAAUAUGUAAAUAUUACCUGAAAGAGAAGUCAUUCAUAUACAUGUACUUCAAGAAGGAAGUUAAAUUUAAUAUCAAGUGAAAUUUGAUAUCAGCUACAGAUGAAUGCUGUGUUUAACUUGAAAUGAAACACAAUAGUAUAUGUAUAAAGCAUGAUUUAUAGAAUGAAGCAAACAUCAGCUGUAGAAUUUAGUAUAAAAAGAAAAAUAUGAGGUAUAUUACUUCAUAUACAAUAACUUGGUGAGCUAACAAGGAAGAAGCUAAUGAAACUUAGGUGAGCUUCAUUAACUACUUGAUAGCUAAAAUAUCUGUGUUAUUAUAGUGUAAUGUUUUUAUCAUAUUUUCAGGUAACUAUAUGCUUGUUUUUAUUACAAAUUGCGAGGACGCAAUUUUCAGAGAGGGCGACAACAGUUAUUUAUUGAGUAAUUUUUUUGUUGUAUAUAGAAAUUAAUUUCAUUUGCAGAAAAUGGACCUGAAGUGGAAAUAUUUUUGUUUGUUUUGGGUUGUGACAUACAAACUAAGAUAUUGAUAAGUUAUACUUAGUUUAUACUUAGUAUAAUAAUCUAGUUAGAAUUAGAUUAUGAACUUUAGUUUAUUUAAGUAUUAAUACCUAAAGUAUUAAUGAUGAACUUUUUGCAGAUGUUAGAUAAAUGACGGGACGUCAUUUUCCGGACCGGGGGAGUGUGUAACCGGGUUGAAUUUAUUACAUUUAUAUUUAUUAACUCUCCGUUAAUACUUAAUCAUGUUCAUUUCCGAUUAAUCCCUGUUUGUCGUCUUUCUACUUUUACUUUCGGUUUUAUAGUUAUUUUUAGUUCCCGCGCUUUGGUCAUGUGAUUAGUCAUGUGGUAGUUUUAUACCUGUUGUACGUCAUUCUUUCUCUAUAACUGACAGAGGUCAGACAUGUUUUAUAGAGAGAAGUGAAACGUUUGUCUUGAGUUUUCUAAACUAGUCUAGCAGUGUGAGGUGUAGCAUUUUAUCCUUUUGUAAAGCAGAUACAGAAACUGGAUUGUUUUAAGCGGAAUGAUGAAAUAAUUUCACAGUCAACCAGCAGAAAGAAAAUUAGGUAUACGAAAAUGAUUUUCAAUUAAAACUGUUAUUUGGACAAUGGCGUCAAAUGAUCCCAAGUUUACGGACAAGACAUUUCUGAAUUGGUUGAAAUCUGCAUUAGCCGUAUUCUUUACAAAAACAGCAUUGGAUAAAUUUGUAUUAGAUGAAUUAACACAGUUUCAAAAAGAUCUUUUAGGAUCAAUAUUCUCUCAAAAUGCAAUAUCGGCAGGUACUGUUUGCACUUUGUGUACCACUGAAAAUGUUCUUUACUGCCCAACACAAAACUUCUGCCCAAGAGGAAGACGUUGUGAUAUGCAUGACCCAAGCCUACAAGACAAGUUACCUGGCAAACUCUGUCCAAGUAAGAUAUGCCAGUUCAUCCGAGAUGGCAUCCGCACUGAGCACAGGUAUAAAGGUCCUACUUGGAAGGCCUGCGACGCUAGAAAAUGGUGCACUGAUGCUUUUGAAAUAGGCAAAUGCUAUCUGCCUCCGGACGGAUAUUCUAAAGUGGUCGGCAUUGCUGAUAGGAUUUCAAUGGAACCCUAUCAAUUAUCAUUAACAACAAGCGCUUUCAAAAGAAAUUGACGGCUCAGCUUAACUUGCCAGACAAUGUUUGCAUCAAGGAUAAAGUGGAGCGCCGAAUGCAGGAUAAAGUGGAGCGCCGAAUGCAGGAUAAAGUGGAGCAAGUGGAGAGCCCAAUGCAGGAUAAAGUGGAGCGCCCAAUGCAGGAUAAAGUGGAGCGCCCAAUGCAGGAUAAAAUAUAGCAUCUUUAUUUCCUGAUAAAGUGCUCACUUUUUUGCUCACCUUAAUUAAUUAAAAAAAACUUUUUUUCCUUACCUUUAUUUCUGGAUAAGAUGUUAAGGACGAGUCAAAUGCAUAUCCCAUUUUUCGUCCUAGUAAAAUCUUUGGUACAUUUGACAGAAGUGGUUGUUGAACGAAGACAUAAUAGUUUUCUGUCAUACUAAAGCUGUGAUAGUAGUUAAAAUGAAGUUUCCAGGGGGAUCUUGUCUUAAAUACUAUCUCGCCAGCAGGAAAUCCUUCUACACCAUCUGUUAAAAGAAGCGUUGCAUAUACAGGUUUGUCUCAGUUUAACACUUUAGCUUUGCUUCCAAAAACCAGGUUAUCAGAAAUGUGGUGUCCAAUAUUUAAGAGUAAUAUCAGAUUCUAGUGAUGGGCCUAUAAUCGACGACAAAUGACAAACUGAUUUCCGUUGUUAAGACAUUCACGAUCGCAAUCACCGACUUCGCUUUUAAAUAUUGGCACUACAAGCGGAAAAAAAUUGUCUUAUCUGAUCCUGUUGGAUUCUUUUACUGAUGGCAAUUAUCUCACAGGAAACUAAUCUUCUGCCAUCAAUAUGCGAUUGUGAAAAUGGACUUGUCGGUGUUUCACUAACAAUUAACAAAGUAUUACCAUGGUUUCCUUCUGUAAUUUCAUAUUCUAAGAUUAACUUCUAGUCAAUGUUAAUUAACUUCUGACCAAUUAUCAUGAAUAAGAUUUAAAUACAGUUUUAAAGUGUUAAAUAA